AUGUCAGCACCCGACUCCCUCAAGAAUGUCAAACAUGUGAUCUUGAUCCUAUCAGGAAAAGGAGGCGUGGGAAAGUCGUCUAUUACCACACAAACUGCUCUUUCACUGGUUUUAAAAGGUUACAAAGUCGGCGUAUUAGACAUCGAUCUCACUGGUCCUUCGAUCCCAAGAAUGUUUGGCCUAGAAGAUGCAAAAAUACACCAGUCUACCAACGGUUGGGUACCAGCACGGUACAACAAAGAUCUAAGUAUCGUUUCACUGGGGUUUUUACUCGGAAGCAAGGAUGCCAGUGUAGUCUGGAGAGGACCCAAGAAAACUGCAAUGAUAAGGCAAUUCCUCAAAGAUGUAACAUGGCCGGAUUUAGACUAUCUACUAAUUGACACUCCACCUGGCACUAGUGAUGAACAUAUUGCCAUCGCUGAAGAAUUACAGUUUGCCAAUCCCGAAGGAUGUAUCAUAGUGACCACCCCACAGCAGAUUUCCAUAAGUGAUGUCAAGAAGGAGAUAAAUUUCUGCAACAAAGUCAAUCUUCGAAUUCUGGGGCUGGUAGAGAACAUGAGUGGGUUUAUCUGUCCUCAUUGUGCCGAAUGUACUAAUAUAUUUAGUAGUGAGGGGGGCAAAAACCUGGCGAGCCAGUUGAGUUUGAAAUACUUGGGAGCCAUCCCUAUUGAUCCACUCUUUGUGGAGAUGAUUGAGACCCAGAAAGACUCAUCAUUAUUGGAUAGUUACGAAAAUAGUAGGCUGUAUUUGGAGAGUUUCAAACCGAUUAUAGACGGUGUGCUGGAGGAGAUAAGGGAAUAA